GGUGAUAGCGGUGGCCCACUCGUUUGUUACUUAGAUGGAUUCAAGAUUCUUGCUGGUGUUACCUCAGCAAUCCAUGCCAAAUAUCCCGACAGUUAUCCCGCCGUAUUCACAAGGGUAUCCGCAUUCACUGAUUGGAUCAUAACUACAAUGAAACACCACUAG